UACUUCAUGCUAUCAUAUCAUACCAAAUUUAGGAUGGGGAGUCAGGCCCCCGAUGCCCAUUAGCUGCGCUUUUGCCAAUAGCCGUGUGAUAAGUGGACGGACACAUCAGCCAAGAUCACCGCAUGAGCCUUUGGAGACGAUGUACCCCCCAAAACAAUGUUCCCGCGAGAGCCUUAGAGGCAAAGGAGAAGGAGAGCGGCUCGUAGGAAGUCUUUCGCUCCAGUACGAGUAUUGUGCUGGUACCCGCACACUAUAGUACGAGUACAGUACGAGUACAGCCCAGUUCGGAAUGUUGCCCUUGCACUACCCCUCGCAGCUGUUGCGGGGCUGCGCAGUCUCGUAAGUGUGUCAGCUCGUGGAGAGCUCCAAGAAGCAAAUAAAAUACAACGAGACUACCGGUACCCUCCCAUCACUUCAACCAUCCUUCGCUCAAUCCUCAAACCCGACAUAUUUCUCUGCAAUACCCCCAAACCUUCCCCCCUCGGCCCUCAUCUCUGCCCCAUCAUGCCCAUCACAAGAAGUAUACUCCAACAUUUCAUGAUCCCCCCAACAACAUCUAACAUUCCCCAGAAACUAUUUAUGCUGCACAGCCCUCUACCCAGCGCGCGAGGCCAACCCAUCUCUCCACAGAUCCCAAUGGUGAACGUCUAGCAUAUGCUGUAUGCGUGGUGCCUCCCCGUACCUCUGGGGAGCCAAGCUAACCGUACCAGUCUGGAAAAUCCGUUUUCCUUCGCUCAAUCGAUGACCCCUCUCUCUCUACCCAAUACACCGGACAUACCAGUAUGGCAAAUGUGGCUCGCUUCUCGCCCAGCGGCUAUUACAUUGCAUCAGGCGAUUCUUCGGGCGUGGUGCGAGUUUGGGACGCUGUGGGCCCAGAGAUGAUCACCAAGGGCGAGUUCGGAAUUAUAUCUGGCCCAAUAAACGAUAUUGCUUGGGAUGGGGAAAGCAAGCGUUUGAUUGCCGUCGGGAAUGGCAAAGAGCGGUAUGUUUAUUCUUCAUUCCAUUCGACACCGCAGUGUUGAUUGUGGUUAGCUUUGGCCAUUGCGUCACGUUUGAUACGGGAAACUCUGUUGGGGAGAUUCUUGGUCAUUCCUCUGCAAUUAAUUCGGUUUCCAUCCGACAAUCACGUCCCUACCGAGCUGCUACAGCUUCAGACGACCAUAAUGUUGUCUUCUUUCACGGGGCUCCGUUCAAAUAUAACAAGACUCUUACUAGCCACCAUUCAAAUUUCGUCCAGGGCGUGGCCUUCUCCCCAGACGGAGAGCACUUCGUUUCCGUGGGCACGGAUCGCAAGAUUAUUUUGUACGAUGGCAAAACUGGGGAGUUCAAGGCCGAAAUCGCCUACGGAGAUGCUGCCCACCGAGGAGGUAUCUACUCGGUCUCUUGGAGCAAGGAUUCAAAGAGAUUUGUUACCGCUUCAGCAGAUCAAACAGUCAAGGUCUGGGACCUGCAGUCCGAGAAGAACUCGCACACAUGGAGGUCCGGCCCAGAGGGGACGAGCAUUCCCGACCACCAAGUUGGCGUCGUCUGGACACCCAGAGCUGAUAACACCAUCAUCUCGCUAUCUUUAUCUGGAGACCUCAACUACCUUGACCUGAACUCUGACCGGCCAAAGAGGGUAAUCACCGGACAUCAGACAUCUAUCGGUGCAAUGACAGUCACCGGAGAGACAAAGACCCUGUUCACCGGGGGCGUGGAUGGGAAAAUCUGCGGGUGGGAUCUGACUAAAGGGAUUGCCGAAUCAUUGGAUGGUGCAGGCCACACAAACAGUGUCUGCGGAUUUUCUUCGCAAGACGAGAGAAGACUGGCUUCGAUCGGACUAGAUGACUUUAUAAGGCUAAUCGAUGUUGGGGCCAAAGUGUUCAUGUAUGCAUCUGUGAAUCGUAGUCAUGGAGAAGUGAACUAAUGCGGUAGCAGUGGAACAAAUCAUCACUGUGACGCGCAGCCUAAAGGCUUCACUUGGCUAACAUUGAAGGGGGAGCAAUUUCUGGUCACUGCAACAGAAAAGACAAUCCUUCUGGGUAAGGUCACCACCAAACUCAAAGUCAAUGAGGUGUUGCAACAAAGUUACACCCCCACCCAUGUAUCCGGUUGUCGAGAUAAGGGUGUUUUUGCAGUCAGCGCUACAGACCAGACUAUCCACAUAUAUAGCGCUUACGAAGAAGGGCCGGGCGAACAAAGGGUUUGCGAGGAGAAAGUCCUUAAGGACACUCAGGCAGCGCCGACAUGUCUUUCCUACUCACCCUCCGGAAGAUACCUUGCGGUUGGGUUCUCAUCGGGAAAGAUCAUCCUAUACGAUGUGGACGAGGACUACGCAGUCAAAACUACCCGUUGGUCAUUUCACACGGCUAGGGUGGCGAGUAUCAUCUGGAAUGCGGAGGAAACCCACGUCGUCUCAGGGAGCCUUGACACGAACAUCUAUAUCUACAGCGUUGCCACUCCAGGAAAGAACCAAUCAGUCAAGAAUGCACAUAUGGGAGGUGUGACUGCCGUUGAUUGGGAGGGGUCCGGUGGAAUUGUCUCGACUGGGGCGGAUGGAACUAUAAAGAGGUGGGAGGUGAAGUUUGAGUAA